UCGGCAGCAGCAGCGUCUCUUCGUCACUGCGGUGGUAAAGUGUCAGUUAGCUCCUUCAGUCCUGACCCAGCAGAGUCUCUGUAUGUCUGGAUAAACCUCUGAAUGGACUUCUAGAGGUUCUCCUUUGGUUCUGGAUGUUGUUCCUCGGACUCAUCUCCCGCUACAAAGACAUUGAAGUUAGCUUAGCAUGCUAACAGCGCUAGUCCCAGUUUAAAGGAGAGGAACGGGCUUUGUGACGGACUUUGUGUGGAGAAAACGUUUCUGUCGUUGGGGGGAAAUGUCUAAAGUCCAAAUGCUGAGAUGUUUCGUCAACCAGCGACUCACUGCGGCUGCGCAGGAGAUAUGUGGGCUGUUUGAAAGAACGAUAGCAGAGUACGAGGAGGAACUUUGUAGUUCUCAAGAGGAUAACGAGCGACAACGGAAACUGCUGGACGCCUUUCUAAAACCGGAAGUCCAGAAACAACGAGCAGACGUCCAGCAGCUGCUGGAGGUUAAACAAGAGGUUCCCUUUGAGCAGCAGGAGUUGAGCUCCAGUCUGGACCAGGAGGACCCAGAGCCCCCCCACAUUAAAGAGGACCAGGAAGACCCAGAGGACCCAGAGCCCCCCCACAUUAAAGAGGAACAAGAGGAACUCUGGACCAAUCAGGAGGGAGAGCAGCUUCAAGGUCUGGAGGAGGCUGGUAUCAGGUUCUCAUUCACUUCAUUCACUGUAAAGAGUGAAGAUGAAGAUGAUGAUGAAGAGGAAGCUCAGUCCUCUCGGCUUCAUCAAAGACUAACUGAACACAUGGAAACAGAAGCUGAUGGAGAGGACUACAGAGGACCAGAACCAGACCGGGAGUCAGAUCCAGAUCCGCAUUUCCGCCCUCAUACUGUCGACAAGACCGGAGACUCUUCAGAACCUGAGACUGAACUCAGUGACGACUGGAAGGAGGCCAGAGGACCUCCCUCGGGUUCAAGCUCUCUGAAUAAUGAGGUAGCUCCCGACAGUCAAGUGAGACGUAGUUCUGGUGAGAAACUAUUCAGAUGCUCUGAGUGUGGGAAAUUGUUUGGCUUCAGGGGAAAUCUGAAGAUACACAUGAGAAGUCACACGGGAGAGAAACCGUACAGCUGCUCCGUCUGUAAGAAGUCGUUCACUCACAGUAGAAGUGUUCAGAAACACAUGAGGAUCCACACGGGAGAGAGACCCUUCAGCUGCCUGGUGUGUGAGAAAGGUUUCAUUGAAAGUGGAGAUCUGAAGAGGCACAUGAGGAUCCACACGGGGGAGAAACCCUUCAGCUGCUCACUCUGCGAUAAAUCAUUCACACAGAAUGGAAGUUUACAGAAACACAUGACGACUCACACAGGAGAGAAACCCUUCAGCUGCGUCGUGUGUGGGAAAGACUUCACUGAAAGUGGCCAUCUGAAGAGACACAUGAUAACUCACGGGGGAGAGAAACCGUACAGCUGCUUCGUUUGUAAGAAGUCUUUCACACAUAGCAGAAGUGUACAGAAGCACAUGAGAAUCCACACGGGGGAGAAACCGUUCAGCUGCUCCGUGUGCAGCAAAGGUUUCAUUGAGAGUGGAGACCUGCAGAGACACAUGAGGAUUCACACGGGGGAGAAACCCUUCAGCUGCUCCGUCUGCAACAACGCAUUUGCCCAGAAAGGAUGUCUACAGGCGCACAUGAGGAUCCACACGGGAGAGAAACCCUUCAAGUGCGCCGUGUGCGAGAAGAGAUUUGUACGCAAGUCGAGCCUGAAGGCACACAUGAUAACUCACAUGGGGGAGAACUCCUUCUAGAAAGUUUUCUAGAUCUGACGCCACCGUCCACACGGGAGGAACACGCUAAUACAACCAGGAGUUGAGCUCCAAUCCCUCAUUGUACCAAUAUAUCUCACCAUUAACAGACACGCUACAAGCUAGCAGCAAUGAUAAAUAACAUGUGUAUUCUGGAACAUGAAAACAGCAAACUCACUGCACUGCAUGAUGGGAAAUGUGGGCGGUCUUCACUUUCAAGGUCACCGCAAAACAGGUUAAAUUGUGGAACUGGACUUCCACGAUGCAGCCGGUCUCCAGGCAACAGACUGUUUCAAUGUUUAUGCUACGUCUUCCCGUUGUGUGGGCGAGGACGAGUCUCUUGCAGAGCGUCGUCCUGAUUACAACUUCUUACAGUCUCAGUUCUUCAGUUCUGGUGUUCUAGUGUUUAUUAAACCUUUGUGCUGAAGUAGUAAAGAGCUUCUAGAAUGUCCCAACAAGUGAGGGAAUCAUGAAAAAUGCACAACUGGCUUUUUAUUUUGAAAGCUGAUCGUUAUCUUGAGUCAGGUUUUGAAUAUUCCAUCUGGGGUGGUAAUGAUAAAUGUAAUCUCACUUCAUAUCGUCUCUCUUCCAUAUUUUGGUAACAAUUUAUUAUCAAUAAUAAAUUUCUAACCGCAAGGUUUGGUAGAAUACAGAAAUAUAAUGUAUGUAGAAAAUGUAAACGCACAUUUUAUUAUGUUGUGCUCCUGUGUAUCGUGUUCAUGGUUUUCAGACUUUAUGAUCUACGUUGCGGAUAAUUUUAAUAACUAAUAAUAGACUAAUAACCCUGAGCUGAAUACGUACAGUUAUGUCAAAUUAAUGUAUCUGUAUGUAUUUUAAGGAAAAAAUAAUACACAGUGUGGUUUGGCAUUGUUUCGGGAGAGGAGGUGCAGAAAUGUGUGUAUAUAUAUUUAUAUCAAUAUCUUUAAAUUAGGGCUGUGAAACGAUUACAAAUUGUAAUCAAAUUAAUCACAGGUUUCUGUGGAUUAAUCAUGAUUAAUCACAUAUUACCGAUAUUCUCUGUAUAUUUUUGUGAGAACAUAAAGAUUUAUGACAAAAGAAAAACAAUGGUGCU